AUGACUCCGUCCGGUCGUAUGGCCAUCGGCUACGGCGAUGAACAGCAGCAGCAGCAGCUCCCCAAGGAGCGUCACCAUCAGCUUCGUUCAGUAGACAACAACAUGUCAGACGGCCGACAAACGAUCGUCGACAAUGAUGUACAGCCUUAUUGGUUCGCAGCCGAGCAAAUGAGUUAUUCGCCAACAUCUCAGCAAGGUGGUAACAUCAAUGGCCAGAUUUAUCACCUCAAAAUACUGGUCCCGGCGGUCGCCGCUGGGGCCAUCAUCGGCAAGGGAGGGGAGACGAUCGGACAGCUGCAGAAGGAGACAAACGCUCGCGUGAAGAUGUCAAAAGCGAAUGACUUCUAUCCAGGUACAUCGGAGCGCGUCUGCCUCAUCUCUGGCUCAGUGGACGGAAUCAUGCGAAUCAACGAGUUCAUCAUGGAGAAGAUCAAGGAGAAGCCGGACCCCAAUGCGAAGAUGGCAAUAGACUUUGACAACAAGCAGCCUGCAGAAAGGGAGAAACAAGUGAAGAUCCUUGUACCAAACAGCACUGCUGGCAUGAUAAUCGGCAAGGCUGGAAGUUACAUCAAGCACAUAAAGGAAGAGAGCGGCGCCUACGUGCAAAUAUCGCAAAAGUCGCUCGAUCACGCGCUGGCAGAGCGCUGCAUCACCGUAAUCGGCGACUACGAGUACAACAAGAAGGCCUGUCAGAUGAUACUGGCGAAGAUUGUCGAAGACCCGCAGAGUGGAAGCUGCCUCAACGUGAGCUACGCCGACGUCACCGGGCCGGUGGCCAACUUCAACCCCACCGGGUCGCCGUACGCCAACGCCGCCAACUCGAGCAUGGGCAACUCGAACAACAGCAAUCCCAACUACAGUUCCAACGGCAGUCUGAACAGCAUGAGCCCCACGCUGAACAACUCCUUCAACGGCGGCCAGGGCGUGCAGAACAGCGCCGGCAAUAUGAUGCAGUUUGGCAAUGUCUUUCAGAGCGGCGCCGCCGCCGCCUCCAACGGCUCUGCCCAGUCGUCGCAGAUGAUUGAAAACUUUCGCGGCAUGCUCCGAGCUUGCGGCUACACCGAGGACGCCGUCAAUGAGAUCUGCAAUGCGAUGGCCACGCUCGCCAACUACGGCAUGCUCGGACUGGGCCUCGGCCUGGGCAAUGGCAUGAUGAACGGCACGCCCAUUCUCGGCAACCUCAGCAUGGGCCUCGGUCCGGGCACGCCUACGCAGAGUCUGCAGAUGAGCGGCGUCAGUCCGAGCGCCCACGCGCACCACCACCAGAAUACGCUCUUCUCGGCGGGCGGCGGCGGCGGCAUGUCCGCUCUCGACCAAAGUGGCUGUACCAAUGUGCCCUCGGUGGGCGGCGGGGGCAAUGGCGGCAACAACAUGUUCGGCCCCAUUGGCACAGUCGGCGGCGGCUCGCUGUCGAUGGGCGGCAUGGGCGGCCCCUUUGCCCACCACAACUCGCCCACGGGCGGCGGCGGCCCUCGCAGCCACCCACAUGAUUCACGCGGCCUUCACAUGGGCGACACGAUGCCCGUCUUUGAGACCUUUCGCGCCUCGCCCUCCUCCCUCAGCUCCCCCGUCUCCAGUCAGGUGGUCCAUCCCUCGCUCUCGCUGGUGAGCAACAGCAACUCCUUUGGCAUACCGACGGGCUCCAGCAGCAGUGCCACCGGCGGCCUGCCCAGCCCCACGCUAAACAGUCGCAAUCCAAACAGCAGCAGCAAGAACCCCAACAGUCCGACGCCCUCACUCGACCAGCAGUCGGACCUGGGCCUGGGCGGCGGCGGCCGCAACGACCCCAAUGCGACCAAGUACGAGAUGGAAGUGAGCGACAACAUCAUCGGCGCCAUCCUCGGCCACGGCGGCAAGCUCCUGGUGCACUUUCAGAAUGAGUCCAAUGCGAGCAUUCAAAUCUCGAAGAAGGGCACCUUUGCGCCGGGCACCCGCAACCGCAUCGUCACCAUCAUUGGCAACCCGGCCGCCAUCAGUCACGCCCGUAACCUGAUCAGCGGCGCCAUCAAUGAUGAGGAGACAAAGCGGUCGACUCAACAGCAGCAACAACAGCAGCAGCAAUCACCGCAGAGCACCAUCCCCUUCAUGCGCGCUGACUCUGGCAAGUACUAA